CCCACCACAGGGCGCGUGACGUCACUGCGGUACAUUUCGCAAUAUGUAGGAAUGUGAGGAGCUGAGGGGUAAAAAGUGGAUUUAUAGAAAAGAGCAGCAGGGAGAGAGAGGGGUGUAUCAUAUCUCAGGGGCCGACGUGUUCACGUACCCCCUCUCCUGACUCCCCGGUUCCCUCCCCUCGAGCCCCGCCUCGGGCAGCAGGUAAAGGUGCAGGACGUCGGUGUCACGCGCCGUGUGAAGACCCACUGAGGAGACGCAGGCUUCGCGAGGAACGGGCUGAGGUCUAACAACUCCGAAAAGAUAAACAGAAGCAUGGGUGAGGCACCGGUGGGAGAAGAUUGUACAGUCACUCGAUCAGCAGAGUAUGUGGGUUCAUUUCCUGUGGAUGACUGCUGCUUGGAUGACCAGAUAGAGCAGCUGCACACUCAGCUGAAGUGCCUCAUAACAUGCAAAAGAAGGAGGCCUGUAUCCCUAAAAUUCUCCAUCAAAGGUGUGAAGAUGUACAAUGAGGAUGAAACGAAACUCCUGAUGGCUCACGCUCUGCGGCGAGUCUCUCUGUCCACCGCCUGGCCCUCUGAGGCCCAGUUUUCCUUCGUCUCCCACAACCCAGGCAGCACUGAUGCCCAGCUCUACUGCCAUGUCUUUCAAGCAAGGCAUUCAAGAGCGGCACAGUUCCUGAACCUGCUGCUUUGCCGCUGUUUCCAGCUGUCUUACUUAGAAAAGCACCCCGAGGAGGCUCAGGGAGACUCUGUGGGCUCGGCGCCGCGUCGCAACCCCUCCCUGCUCAACCACGGCUUCCCUCUCAGCGUCAGCGCCCUGGUGUCCUUCAGAAGAGCUCCUUUUCAGGGCUUGCUGCCGGGAUCUAAGAACGAUCAAAAGUCUUCCGAUGACCUGAACAGCAGCCAAGAUGAAGUCUUCCCCACUUCCUCCCCCUCCCUGGUGCGCAAGAAGGCCAUCCGCAACAAGGUGCUGAAAUCUGGGGCCUACCGCUCUUUCACUUUCACACCGCUCAAACAGCGCAACGUUCAGGAGCAACUGAGUGCCUCACAAGGAAAGGAGCAAGACAAAAUACCUGUGAGGAGAUCACGGGCUCCGAGCUUGGCCGAAACAGAAGAAGCACUGGCUCAAGCGGUGUGGUGUUGGGCUGGUAUCGCAACUGACAGCAGCUUUUCCCUGCUUGCAGACGACGUUCUCGGGUCAUACCUCCUGUGCCCACAUCCUAAAAAACCCAAAUGUGGCUCUCUCAUCAUCCGCUUUCCCUCUGGCCUGAUCACCCACCUUAUCGGAAACACUCACAAAGGGAAAUUCCUGCUCGAGCAAUGCAAGACUGAAUUCAGUUCCAUAGCAGAGCUGAUCGACCACUACACAGAGUCUCGGGAAGAGCUGCCGUGUCUGCUGAGCUGUGCCCGGGUAAACCACUGUUACGAGUGGGAGGAGAGUUCCAGCUCUCAGCAGCCUCUAAACCCACGCAAGAGCCUAAACAAAGCCAGAAUUAAAAGUACCAACAGAAAGGACUUGGUUUAAUCACUGGACACUGGAAAAUGUGGAAUGCCAACCUCAGAAUGAGUGACAACUUUUUAGAUUUUUGCACAUGUAUCAUCUUUUAUCUUUAAAUCAUAUUUGGUGUUUUUGGGAAGCUUCACAAAAGUGUUGGCACUUAAUGUAUAUAGUAUACUAGUCAUUUUAUAACGGGGUACUUAUUUGUAAAGCUGCUUUUUUAUGUCUUUCGAUAAAGUCUUUUUAAUAGCCCUGAAAGGCUAGAAGAGUUUUUUUGUGUUUUUAAGACGUGAAACCUAACUAAUUGAUUGGGUCAUACAGAAUACUUUUAUUUCUUGCAAGUUGCACAAAUACAUUUGAUCAAAUGUUAUUAUUCCUCCAAUUUUAAUCUUGCUUUCAUGUUUCUCUUAAUGUGUUUAGACGUUAGACCUGGGGAAUAUGUAAGCAGUAAUCCUAUGCACCACAAUGUGUUAUGGUGUAAAAAAAUAGGAUCAUGAUGAUAUUGAAUUUUUUUCUAUAUCUCGACACCUUAGUAGUGUAUAGCUUUUUCCUGUAUGAUGGCCCCUAAGAAGGGUCAUUCUUCUGUGUUUUAAAGUUUGUUACUUCUAAUUUAAACUGGUACUUUUUGCAUGCAGUUUACCUAAAUUAAGUCUUUAUCAUAAGAUUGUCUGAUAUUUUGUUGUUAUUCCUAAAUGUUCCAUUUAAAUGUAGGUAAUAAAUGGGAUUAUUCUGUACUAUCUUUUACACAUAGGGUAAUUUUCAUAUUAUUCACCCCUGUUUGAGAUUAAACAACUGGGGUUCUCUGUUUUCAACCAAUUUCCUGCAAAA